AUGGAUAUUAGCUUUUCUGUUACAUGUCGUUUAUGUAAUAAACAACUUUCUUCUGUUCAGGAAUUUCAAAGUCAUGGAAUCGAGGAGUGUAUUCCCAAGAUAAUGAAAUACUUUGGUUUGGGAGAGCUUGCUGAUGUAAAAUCACUUUUGGACAUGUCUAAACAAUUCAGGUCAAUGGAAGAUAAAGUCAAUAGUUUAACAACACAGUUAGAAAAAAAAAAAAGAAAGAUUAAUCAACUUCACGAUAAUACACUCAGCCAAUCUAUCUCAUUAAGUUCACCACAAUCUUUAUUAAACUCACCAACUUUACUCAGUUCAUCAUCAACUUCAUUUUAUGAUUCAUAUGCUCAACCUAUCAAGGUUAAACCAGAGAAAUAG